GGCUGGAGUAUUUGCGUCACUACGCUACAUCAGGCGCACCAUCUGGAGCUCGUGCGCGUUUGAUAAGGCGGUCUCACUCAAUGUAAACCGAACCGCUGGCUGUGGCUCCGUGACCGGACACCGAAUUCUCGUGUGAAUUGCAAUGACUGCUGAUGCAGACUGGGAUACAGCAGGCAGGCAGAGUCGCAAUCAUAACCAGCAGCUCCAGCUGUCCCAAGCUCAUCGUCCAUCAAGUAUUCCAGGAGCGAUAGCAGUGUAGUGAAGCGGUCUGAAUAUCACAGAAACUUUCCUGGACCGCACCAGUUAAACACCAUGGAGUGCAGGGUCACGCUGUUGGAUGGCACGGACUACACCUGCACUGUGGAGAAGAAAGCCAAGGGCCAGGUCCUGUUUGAUAAAGUAUGUGACCACCUCAACCUUAUGGAGAAGGACUACUUUGGGCUCACGUACCGUGACGCAGAACAUCAGAAGAACUGGAUGGAUCCUUUGAAAGAACUUAAGAAACAAAUUAGAACUGGUCCCUGGAACUUUGGGUUUAAUGUGAAGUUUUAUCCCCCCGAUCCAUCUCAGCUGUCUGAAGAUAUCAGCCGGUACUACCUAUGUCUUCAGCUAAGAGACGAUGUCGUGUCGGGCCGUUUGCCGUGCUCCUUUGUCACUCAUUCUCUCCUGGGUUCAUACAUUGCCCAGUCUGAGCUGGGAGACUACGACCCUGAUGAGCUGGCUAGCGAUUACAUCAGCGAUCUCCGCUUCGCUCCCAACCAGACCAAAGAGCUGGAGGAGAAGGUCAUGGACCUGCAUCGCCACUACAAAGGAAUGAGUCCAGCUGAGGCAGAGAUGCUGUUUCUGGAGAAUGCCAAGAAGCUUUCCAUGUAUGGAGUAGAUCUGCAUCAUGCAAAGGAUUCGGAGGGAGUGGAGAUUAUGUUAGGGGUGUGCAGCAGCGGCCUUCUCAUCUACAGAGACCGACUACGCAUUAACCGAUUUGCCUGGCCCAAAAUCCUCAAGAUAUCCUACAAGCGAAACAGCUUCUAUAUCAAGAUACGCCCUGGAGAGGUGAAACACUUGUUGGAGCAGUUCGAGAGCACCAUUGGUUUCAAACUUCCUAAUCACAAAGCAGCAAAGAGGCUGUGGAAAGUGUGUGUGGAACAUCACACGUUUUUCAGAUUGGUGACUCCUGAACCUCCUGCCAAGAAGUUCCUGUCUCUGGGCUCUAAGUUCCGCUACAGCGGUAGGACGCAAACACAGGCGCGCCGUGCCAGCUCCCAGAUCUCUCGGUGUGCACCACAGUUUCAGCGCUCCUCCAGCAAACGGCUCACCACCACUCGCAGUCUAGAUAUAGCACCAGCCAUGGCCAACGAUGACAAUAUGAUGGAAGACUCUAAACCAGCCUUUGCCACAGGGACCCUCAUCACCACGGUAACGCCAGAGAAAAAGGCGGAGGAAGAAAACGCAGUAGAAGAUGAAAGCACUCCUGCUACAGAGACAUCUGGGCCUGCACCUCCCACUCCUGUUACCAAGACUGCAGAAGAUGCCAAAUCUGAACCUCCUCAUGACAUUUCUGAAGAAAAACCAGAGCCUGCGGAGGCUCACUCUGCUGAGAGCUCAGGUGACCAACAGAACACUGCAGAAGGAGCGGAAGAGGAAGCAGAAGUUACGAAGUCAGAGGCGUCCGAGAAGCCAGUGCAAACGAUGACCACUGAGGUGCCUAUUGUUCAUACCGAGACCAAAACCAUCACAUACGAGUCUUCUGAGGUGGAUGCUAAUGGUGACACAGACCCUGGAGUUCUGAUGAGUGCUCAGACAAUCACCUCUGAGAACAACAGCACCUUGACCACCACGCAAAUAACAAAGACGGUGAAGGGAGGCAUCUCCGAGACACGGAUCGAGAAGAGAAUCAUCAUCUCUGGGGACACCAACAUCGAUCAUGACCAGGCUCUGGCUCAGGCCAUAAAAGAGAUCAAAGAGCAGCAUCCAGACAUGUCUGUCACCAAAGUAGUGGUUCAUAAAGAGUCGGAGAUCUCGUCUAGCGAAGGUGACCAGUGACUCAGGACUGAACACCAUUUUGACUGAGGCCAGUGCCAUUUUUUUUUCUUUUCCCCCCCUCCUCACUUUUUGGACCCAUGGACUUUCAGCGUCUGACCUUUUGAUCUCAGAUCCAGACAGCUUUAUAGUGGAUGUGCUGAGACAUUGUAUAAGCGAUGAUUCAUUACGACGCACACGCCCACUCUCAAGUCAGCCCUGCACUCCAACAUUACCAAAAGCUCAACUUUUAUUGGAAUGAUCACGUUACUGUUAACAGCAAUAAUCCCAGGACACCAUGGACACACGAAAGCUUCAUAAUGGGGAGAAUCUUCCAAAAAAAAAAAAAAAAACAUUUGUGCAAUUGCCUUAAACUUUUUUUUUUUUUGUAAUCAUGGUGUUUAAUUCAUGCACCUUCAUUUUAUAUAUAGCUGCCACUUAAUCACCGUGUCAACGGGGAAGCUAUAAACAGUGCAACAGUGUUCCAACAGUGAUCGCAUUAGUGCCAGGUUUGCUGACAUAGAUUCUGUUUCUUUCAAGUGUGUAAAGUUUUUCACUGAAUUCUGACUCAGAUCAGCGUAAAGACUUGGAUUAAUGUGUACAUGAGGAAACCAGCUCACAGGCCAAGAGUUACUGAGUUAAGUCUUGUAUAUACAUUAUAUAAGCUUAUUAUCUACAAUAACAUUAAUUCUGUAUUGCAUUACAAGUUCUAAAAACUAUGCCACUAUAAAAAGGGCUGCUCUUGGUUUGCCCCGAAACUCAUUCAUCUUCAACUUUUACUUUUUAUCUCACUGAUGCUCCGGGAAGUUAAAAAUGGUACAUCUUCAAAUUUUAAAGAUCGAGGGUUAUAAAUAGUUUUUUUGUUGUUGUUUUUUUUUUUAAACUGUGAUUCCAGCAGUUUGUAUUUCAUCUUCAAUUGGUGUCCUGAACAUGAAUUAUUCAGAAUCCUGUUGCUGUUUUCUCCGCUUUAAACACUCAACAAAAAUCUAGACAUGUUGCACAAAAAUACAUUUGGAUGUGAUUUAUUUUUGUUUGUUUUUUUUGUUUUUUUUAAUUAAAUAUUAUUGAAAUCAA